AUGGCGACCAAGCUCAGGAUAUUAGUGCCAGUCAAGCGCGUGAUCGACUAUGCCGUCAAACCACGAGUCAACAAAGCGCAGACGGACGUCGAACGAAAUGUCAAGCACAGCAUGAACCCAUUCGACGAGCUAUCGAUCGAGGAGGCGGUCCGGAUGCGGGAGAAGAAGAAGCCAGUGGAAGACAUACUCGCAUUCUCCGCUGGUCCAGCAAAGAGCCAAGAUAUCAUUCGCACAGCAAUGGCGAUGGGUGCGGAUAGAGGCAUCCAUGUUGUGGAAGAGAAGACAGAGCUGGAGCCGCUGGGCGUGGCGAAACUGUUGCAGAAGGUCGUGGAGCAAGAAGACCGGAACCUGGUGAUCCUGGGCAAGCAGAGCAUCGACGACGAUGCGAACCAGACCGGACAAAUGCUUGCAGGACUUCUAAACUGGCCUCAAGCGACAUCGGCGAGCCAGGUUGAGAUCGACGGAGACCACGUGACUGUGACGAGAGAAGUGGAUGGCGGUGUGGAGACGCUGAAGACAAAGCUGCCCAUGAUCAUUACCACCGACCUGAGACUGAACGAGCCGAGGUACGCCAGCUUGCCCAACAUCAUGAAGGCGAAGAAGAAGCCGCUCGAGAAGAAGACUAUGGCGGAUUACGGCAUCGACGCGACGAAGCGGCUGAAGCAUGUAAAGGUAGCCGAGCCGGCGCCUCGAGAGGGAGGAGGCAAGGUCGAGGACGUCGAUGGGCUGAUAUCGAAGCUUAAGGAACUAGGCGCGCUGUAA